AUGAUAAUUAAGGCCUCUCAACUAAGAGAAGAAUUUUAUCUCGCAUUUGAAUGUACAGAUCACGGUGAUUUGCAAACCUAUUUGAUUAACAAUUAUCUAAAGUGGGAAUGCAAGCAUACAAAGAAUGUGGUUGUUAAAGGUGAUAAUAAUACCCAAUUUGGCAUUAGAGCAGUUAUUACCGGCUUUAAGCUCUCUAAAGUCGUUAGUCAUCAUAGUAUAUUGAUUCAACCCAUUGAAUCUACGAAUUAUAACUCCUUAUGGUGGUGGUGGUGUUUUGGAAAAAAAAAUUUUAUGGAUCCUUAUAUAUCAUUCGGGGAAAUUUAUAAAGACUCAUCUGACAUAUAUAGACUUGGAAUUAUAUUAUGGGUGAUUUCAAGAAAUGGCUAUAUAACGUCGGGAGUUGAAUAUAAGAAACCAGUGGCCGGAUCUACUUGCUCUUACGUCGCACUUUAUAAUAGCUGUUGGGUUUGGAAUCUUGAUGAGCGACCCGAUAUUAAUCGUGUUUAUGAAUUGAUACAUGAAGAUGGGAUUGUAUUGGGCGAAAAUCGACCUGAUAUUAACAUGAAGAUAAUAUUGUAUCAG